AUGCACUCCCAUCCUUGGACUCAUCCUGCACCGAUCCGCCACCAAGUCUCCCCUUCAAACUACGAUGAGCUCUGCACCGUCGCCGCUGCAAUCAAGGAUGAAUGCGACAAACGCAGACUAGGCAUCAUGAUGCUGCAGCCUUUUGCAAACUUCGAGGGCUGGCCCGAGGCUUCCAAUGAACGCAAAGAUGCGCUUGAACGAGCAGCAGGUUGGAUUCGUAUAAUGCAAGCCUGUGGGACGGAUAUGCUGCAGGUUGGAAGUACAGACUCCCCGUUGGAAAAACUGGAUAAAAACAAGGUGGUAGAGGAUUUGAGAGGAUUGUGUGACAUGCUCAAAGAGCAUGGAUUCAGGUUGGCUUACGAGAACUGGUGCUGGUCAACUCACGCGCCCAACUGGCGCGACGUCUGGACCAUCGUACAAGCCGUCGACCGCCCCAACAUCGGCCUCUGCCUCGACACCUUCCAGACCGCCGGCGGCGAAUGGGCAGACCCGCGCACUGCGUCUGGUCUCAUCGAAGCCGUCUCCAAAUCCGAACUGGAUUCCCGCUUCCAAAAAUCCCUCGACGAGCUCAGCGCCACCAUUCCAAAAGACAAAGUCUACCUCCUUCAAAUCAGCGACGCCUAUAAAGUGCCCCAACCUCUCAAAGACGAACGUGACGAGUCGGGCCUCUUGCCGCGAGCCCGCUGGAGCCAUGAUUUCAGACCACUGCCGUAUAAUGGCGGAUAUCUGCCUGUCGUGGAUGUAGCGACUGCCGUGUUGAAGACGGGGUUUAGAAGCUGGUUUAGCUACGAGGUCUUUGAUGGCGGAUCGGAUGGGAAGCAGAAGCAUGUGGAUAUAUUGGCAUAUGCGGUCGCGGCCAGAAAUGUGCAUGCGAGAUUGUUGAGGGAGUGUGCGGGGUUAACGCUGGAUGAGAGGGCUGCUAAUAGGUGA